CUAUAAAAGGGCUUCCUUUUCCGAGCGAGCGAGCGAUCUCUCUCCUCUUUGAGAGGGUUUCUCACUUGCGAUUCGAAAAGCGAGGUCUUAGAAUUCGGUUCGAGGUCAUCCGAUCGAGAUCGAACGGAUCUCUUCAUCGAGGCUGCUUCAGAGACGGAUUUCGGGAUCUAGGUAACCGGCGAAGUGUGUGGAUGGAUCAGACGGUCAUCAGUCUCCGGCCAGGUGGCGGCGGUGGGCGUCCUAGGCUCUUUGCUCCCCGGUUUGACGUCUCGGCUCUUGGAGCUGAGACUACGGGGUUUCGCACUCAUGGAGGCGUUGGCACGGAGUUGCAGAUUAAGACUGGUGAUGCGAGAUUUGAAGGUCAUGAGCACAUUCAUUAUACAAGGGAUCAACUUCUAAAACUUAGAGAGGCUGUUGAUGUCCCAAAUGAUAUUCUGAAAAUCAAGCAAGAGAUAGAUGCUGAGCUUUUGGUUGAAGAUCAAACUUGGGGACACAAUGAUGCUAAUUUGCAAAAUCAGUCACAGAGUCGUUAUUCUGAGCUAGACAAUCGUGAUUGGCGCAGCCGACCUACCUCAUCACAGCUAGUUUCAGAGGAGAGAUCAUGGGAGGCAAUUCGUGACAAUAAAGAGUCAGGCUCAUCCAUGUCAAGACAAGAUCAAUGGACUUCUCAUAAAGAUCAAACAUCAUCCUCCCAAGGGGUAGGACCUACUCCUACUCUACUCAAGGCAGAGGUUCCAUGGUCUGCUCGAAGAGGAAAUCUUUCUGAAAAAGAACAAGUUCUGAAAACUGCGAAAGGUAUACUGAACAAACUGACUCCAGAGAAAUUUGAUCUUCUCAAGGGCCAAUUAAUUGAUUCAGGAAUCACAACACCUGAUAUUCUGAAGAGUGUCAUCGAGCUCAUAUUUGACAAAGCGGUCUUGGAGCCAACCUUCUGCCCCAUGUAUGCCCAAUUAUGUUCUGAGCUCAAUGAAAGCCUUCAACCGUUUCCAUCUGAAGAGCCUGGUGGAAAAGAAAUUACAUUUAGGCGCAUUUUACUAGAUAACUGCCAGGAGGCAUUUGAAGGUGCUGACAGUUUAAGGGCCGAGAUCAGGAAAUUGGGUCCGGAGCAAGAAAUUGAACGGCAGGAUAAAGAAAGAAUACUUAAGCUCCGAACUCUUGGUAACAUCCGCCUUAUCGGAGAGCUUUUAAAGCAAAAGAUGGUGCCGGAGAAAUUAGUUCAUCAUAUUGUUCAGGUGCUACUUGGACAUGACCCCAAAGUAUGUCCUGCAGAAGAGAAUGUCGAGGCACUUUGCCAGCUCUUCAAUACUAUUGGCAAGCAGUUGGAUGAAAACAAAAAGUCUCGGCGUUUUAAUGAUGCCUACUUCAACCGGGUGAAAGAGUUGACUAGAAACCCCCAACUCGCAGCACGUUUGAAGUUUAUGGUUCGAGAUGUUCUAGAUCUGCGUGCCAAUAACUGGAUUCCUCGUCGUGAAGAGAUGAAGGCAAAAACAAUAUCAGAAAUCCACACAGAGGCAGAAAAGAAUCUCGGGCUGCGUCCUGGAGCAACUGCAAGCAUGAGAAAUAGUCAUAGCACCGGCUCAUUGGGAAGCCCAGGUGCUUUCCCUGCAAAUAUUCCUCCCGGUAUUGGUGGUAUGAUGCCUGGAAUGCCCGGUGCAAGAAGGAUGCCCGGAAUGCCAGGACUCGAUGGCGACAACUGGGAAGUUCAGCGAACUAAAUCUUCGCACAAGGGUGGUGUUUCUUCUGCGCAGUCUCAUGUUCUCGGAAAGCCAUCCUCUAUUAAUCCCCGGCUAUUAAUACAAGGCAGCAGCAGCGUUAUAGCUGGGAAAACUAGUGCAUUGUUGCAAGGCUCACGGUCUUCUUCUAAUCCAGUUUCUGUUUCGAUGAACCCUUCAAAGCCUCUUGCUCAAACAAUUACCGAAAAGGCUGUGCCUGCUUCGAGAUUGAGCACUGAUGAGCUGCAUAAGAAGACGGUUUCUCUCUUGGAGGAGUACUUCCACAUCCGCAUGCUUGACGAAGCAUUCGAAUGUGUGGUGGAGCUCAAGAGCCCGGAUUACCAUCCGGAGCUUGUCAAGGAGGCCAUCAAUCUUGCAUUGGAUAAGGGAUCGAAUUGUCCCGAGUUGGUUGGGAGGCUCUUGGAACAUUUAUUCGUCAAGAAGGUUCUCACAUCAGGGGACCUCGGAACUGGUUGUUUGCUUUAUGGCUCAAUGAUUGACGAUAUCGCCAUUGACCUACCGAAAUCGCCGUCACAGUUUGGUGAAAUUGUCGGGAAGUUGAUUUCGAUCAAUGCUGUGAGUUUUAAGACUGUAGAAGAAAUCCUGAAGAAAGUGGAAGAUUCAAUGUUUAAGACGCCGAUAUUCAUUGCCGCGUUGAGAAAUGUCGAAGUGAGCUCGUCUGGUCAAGCGAUUAUUAGCGCGCAAUCGGCAGAUAUUGAAGCUUGUCGGAACUUGCUUUCUUGAAAGGAAAUUAUGGAAUGUUUGAUCAUGAGAAGUUGAAAGUUGUCAGGUCUGUAGUUUUGAUAAAACUCUGUUUCAUUUCUAUUUCUAUUUCCAUUUUUUGUUUUUUGUUUUUUUGUUUUUGGGUCAUUUAGAGGUGAAAAACUUGUGUUAUAAUGAGCAUAAGCAGAGGUGUGAUGGAUAUUUGAUUUUGUUGAGUUUGUAUAUUUCUGCGAGAUUAAAAUCAGUGUCUGAUUAUCAAUUCAA